AUGUUUGAUUCUCUUCUAAUAGCCAUUUCGGAGCGCGAUCACACGAUCCGACUGCACAGGGUGAAAAGUCUUCGAGAGAAAAUCGACGAAGCUUUUAAACUUUGGGAUGAUUACAAGGAGGCCUUCGGAAAGUCAUAUAACAAAGAUGAAGAGAAUGACUAUAUGGAGGCUUUCGUCAAGAAUGUUAUCCACAUUGAUGAGCACAAUCAAGAACAUCGACUAGGCCGAAAAACUUUUGAGAUGGGAUUGAACAGCAUUGCUGAUCUUCCGUUCUCGCAAUACAGAAAACUGAAUGGAUAUCGUCAUCGUCGCAACUUCGGUGAUUCUAUGCAGAGUAAUGGCACCAAAUGGCUGGCUCCUUUCAAUGUUGAGAUUCCCGAUUCAGUCGAUUGGCGCGACAAAGGACUUGUGACCGAUGUUAAGAAUCAAGGAAUGUGCGGAUCAUGCUGGGCAUUCUCUGCCACUGGAGCCCUUGAAGGCCAACAUGCUCGUGCCUCUGGAAACAUGGUGUCGCUCUCCGAACAGAAUCUCGUAGAUUGCUCCACCAAGUAUGGAAACCACGGCUGCAAUGGUGGACUCAUGGAUCUUGCUUUUGAGUAUAUCAAGGACAAUCAUGGAAUCGACACUGAGGAGAGCUAUCCCUACGUUGGAAGG